UGCAUACUCUACCAAUAAUGAUAAUAUUUUGCAUGGCAACUACCAUUGUCUUGAGUUAAGAAUUUGUCACAUUUCACAAAGGUGUUUGUGGUUGCGAGGAAUUGAAUGAAAAAGAGUGUGAAGCUGAAAGUGAUUGGAUGUAGGGACGGUGCAACAUUGAAAAAGGAAAGUGCGUAACUCGAAAAUGUGAAAAUAUUAACAAUAUUAAUCUUUGUAUAUAUCUAGGUUGUUUUGUUAAAAAGAACAAAUGCUAUAAGCCAAAAAGAUGCAGUGAGCAAACUGAAGAUGAAUGUAGUGAAUUAUUCAAUCGCGAUUGCGCUUACGAUUCAAGUUAAAAAAAAUGUUUGAGUUUUACUGAGCCAUCAUCUGAUGAAUCUAUUCCAAAAUGUGCUGAACGAUCUGUAGACGAUUGCUAUGUUGCUAGAGAAGGCCUUUGCUAUGUCAAAGAUGGAAAAUGUUAAGAAUUGACAACUUGUGAAGAAGUGAAAUUAGAUGCACUUUGUUUUAAGGCUUAUCCUGCAUGCUUUAUGCAACCAACCAUUUCUUGCGAUACAAAUCAUAAAUGUGAGAGUAUAUUCAGUACAAGAUGUGUUCCAAGAAAAUAAAAAAUAAAUGGAGAUUAAUUUUUACUUUGUAGAGAAUAAGAGGAUGGAAAAUGUGUAAAUUUUGAUCCAACUUAAGAGAAUGAAGAAACUUGUUACUAAAAGUCUGAGUUGUUUUAUCAUUGGGAUGGCAAAAGUUGUGUAAAAUGCAAAGGUUGGUAAAUCAGUGCAUAAAAAAUUACAAUUUUCAUUUUUAUUGCAUUGAUUUUGAAUCACAUAUGA